AUGGUUUUAUUUAAUAUCAAAGAUCCUUCCUUUCUCUUGAUUACGUUCUUCAUUUUACACAUAUUAGCUUCCGGUUUAUUUGUUUAUGGAGAAUCCGGAUGGAAUAAAAUACAACUAGGUAUCAUAUCCUCGACUUAUAUCUGUAAAAACGGUGCACAUGAUGGACUAAUUGUUGCAACACUCAGCGGGAGUAUUGCUCUACUUAGGCUUUCCGAUGGUAAAAUAACAUGGAGAAGAACCUCGGAACAAGGACAUUACGUAGACAAACUGUUCAUACUUGAAAACAGAAAGGAACCUAUUAUAAUAAGUUCUACAAAAAAAAAUGAUAUUGAUCUAAAGUUUCCUUUUCAUCACAACUCAAAGCUGGAUUCCAUAACGAUUAUAGAAUUAAAAGAUGGCCAAACAACUUAUUCAGAAACCCAAUGCUACAAUAAUCGGAUCGGCAUGUUUGAUGUGCGGUCUAGAGGGAUAUUUGAUAAAAUGGUAAUAAAAAGAGUUUUCACUGGACUACCCACUCCAAUCAUUAAUAAUGAUGUAAUUCUGGACUAUUUCUGCUUCCUAGACAAUAAUCCAGAAUGCAGUUCCUGGUUAAUUAUACUCACAAGGACACAGAUCAAAGUUGUAAGCUUAGAAGACUAUACAUUUUUAACUUACAAACUAAAAAAAAAUAGUGGUUCUCCGUUUAGAAUUCUUACUGUAUCAAGCAAAUGUGAAGAACAAAGGUUAAAUUCAAAAAUCACUUUCUUUAUUGUUACUCUUUCUGAAUAUGGUAGUACUAAUUUAUUUUUAAAGAUAGAUUUUGAUCCGCUGAAUAAAACUAUAAAUGAAUCAGAAAUCGUUUCAGAGAAAUGCAUGAACCACACUCCUCUCGACUACAGAAUUGGAAAUAGAUUUAUAGCAGAAUUGUAUAAUAGCAAUGACACUUAUAUUUUGGUGAUAAACUUCAUUGAUUACUUGGCAGAAAAGGUAGUGGGUACUGUGCUGGAAAUCCAAAAUGUCCUGGAAAUAUUUUUCGACUAUUCUUUCAAGUCUGCCCAUGACUACCUAAUUAUAUAUAAGGAACUUAAGAAUGCUAACAACUGCAUAUCUUACAGAACCUUAAUUUUAACCAUUAAAGAUAAAGUUAAACAAUAUGAAUUAAAUGGAAUAUGGACCAUCUUAUCGCACAAUCAAGAUUCUGAUAAAUGUGUUAUAGUAAAUAAAGAAUCGGAUACACUAUUUUUUAUGCAAAUAAACUCCACAGAAGAUGCACCUAUAAACCACAAAAAAAUUAUUUUAACGGGAUCAUAUCACAAAUCGAGUUAUAUUUUAUAUAUUGCUUCGUAUGAGCUAUUUAUAGAGAGGGAGAUUGUUAAUAUUAUAGCCGUUAGUUUCAGUGACGGACUAUUCCAACUUUAUAAAAAUGGCUUGCUAUUAUGGGAAAGAGAUGAAUCGAUUUCACUAGUCAUCUCUUCAUUAUCAGCACCUAUACCAAAUCUUUAUAAUAUUUCUGAAGGAAUUUUUGGUGUAAAUUUGGAGGAAAUGAAAGAUCAACUCUCCGUAGAUUCUUUGCUAGAUAUCUUUGGAAUUUAUUUGUUUGACUCUACCGAUAUCACCACGAUGUACUACUAUGCCAAAAGAACCACAAACUUAUUUCUACGCUUUUUAAAAAAUAAAUUUUCUAUUAAAAAAAAAGCUUUAACCUACUUAGAGACAUUUUCAUCACGAUUAUUAUUAAGUGAACAAAAGUUGCGAUUCCUUCAAAAUUUAUUUCGGUGUAACUCUGAUAGCUCAUAUGGAUAUAGUGAUACACACGAUCAUGAAUCACAUGUAAACAGUAAAGAACUUGAUGGAUUUGGAAAUGAUCUUAUAAUUAUAGUAUUAACCAGUUUGAACAAGAUUCUGGCAAUGAAUAAUACCUGUGGUACAAUAUUAUGGUCUAAAUCAUUGGAUGAUAUUAAUAUCGCUAAAUAUUCAUUUUAUCCCGUAAAUUCUACAUUAAUAAUGUCUAACAAUAAUGGAAGGAUGCCCAGAUCUGGAUAUAUUGUAGAAAUCCCGCAUACCAGAGAAAUAUAUAUGGCAACAGCUCCCAUUAUUGGGCAUAAAAAUUUAUGUAAUAUAUUCCUUGUAAGUAAGACGGUCAUCUGUUCCGUAUGUAAUUUUAGACACAUGAACAGUAGUUUCUCAGUAGUAAAGUGGAUUCUCAUAUUUGACGGAUCAAUUAUUCAAGAACACAGAUUAGAUUAUUGGAUAAUACACACUCUUCCACUUUGGUCCUAUUCAUCUUGUUCAGGCAUGUCUCCGUUGGAAAACGUAUUGUUAGUGUUAACAGAAAAAAAAGACGUAAAAAUACUACAUCCAAGAACUCUAAAUAAUGAUAUAGAAAUACAGGGUUUUCUAAAAAUAUCUGAGGCCGUAAAAAACCUCGUAAGUCAAAAUAAUAUAACUGUUGUUAUAAGGCAAAAUGAAGAUAGCUAUAGUGGAUAUAAACUUGUCUAUCGUAAUAUAAAUUCUGGUUCACAUGAAAUAAUUUUUACCGAAAAACUCUGGAACAUGAACUUUGGCAACUCAGGAAUGAGGGUGAUUGCAGUAGCGUUGCCAGAGCAUCAGGGCAGUUCAAUACAACCAAUAACUGUAAUGUCAAAUUUCAAAGUAUAUGAGAAAUAUAUAUCGCAAAAUUCUAUUGUUUUUAUAACCAGAAGAAUGGAAAUUACAGGAAAUUUUGUUACAAUGUUGCACUUGUUAGACACGCUCUAUGGCAAAAUAGUUUAUGAAGAAAUACUAGAACAUGAUCUUUCGUUUCCAAUAAGUAUAUCAUAUCAUGAAAACACCAUAAAUUUACACUAUUGGAACGAAAAACAAUUGAGAUAUAUGUUACACACAACCGAUUUAUUUUCAUACGAACAUCGGUCACUCGCAAAAAUAAUAUUGUCCGAAUUAUUGCCAAUAAAAAACAGUGACAAAUACCAAAUACAAAAUGCAAAGUCAUUAAUUCCUAUUGUGUUUAGUAGAAACUUUGUAUUACCGGUUGGAAUCAGGACUAUGAGCAUGAGUAUAACCCAUCAGAACAUCACAGAAAAAUCGUUGAUAAUUUCAUCUAUGUCUAAUCAAAUUGUAUCUAUACCAAAAUGUGAUAUAAAUGCUGUGGAUCAUCAUGACAGUGGUUCUGAUACAAUGAAUUUGUUGCAUACCCAAGUCUCCAAUAAACGUCAUAAUAAGGAAUAUCACGUGUUUAAUCCUCUACGAUUCAUUGCUCUUAAAAGUAACUAUAUGAUAAAUCAGGAAAAUGUAGGUGUACGUGGAAUAAUGACUGUUGCAACAAAGUUGGAAUCCUCCUCCUUAAUAUUUUUGUUUGGUUUAGACGUGACUGCGACAUAUUUACAGCCGUCUGGUAAUUUUGAUAGACUAAAGGUUGACUUGAUUCAUUAUGCAGUGUGCAUUGCUAUUAUUACCUUCACUUUCAUCUUGGUAUUCAAGAGUACCCAUAAAUACAAAAGUGCAUAUCGUGAAAACUUCGAGUGUCACUAA